AUGGUCGACGCCACAGCCGGUCACGAAAUGCUAACUUUUAUGGACGCCUUCAGUGGGUACAACCAAAUCUUGAUGCACCUAGAUGAUCAAGAGAAGACCGCCUUCAUCACGGAACGGGGAACUUAUUGUUACAAAGUCAUACCCUUCGGUCUAAGGAAUGCCGGCGCAACUAACCAGCGUCUCGUCAAUAGGAUGUUCAAAAGACAGUUAGGCAACACUAUGGAAGUCUACAUUGAUGACAUGCUGGUCAAAUCCAAGAAAGCUUCAGACCACAUCAGGAAAAACGAGAAAUUCAUCUGGACCGAGCAACAUGAAGCCGCACUACAACAACUCAAACAAUACCUGUCGGAACCCCCACUCCUGUCUAAACCAAUGGAAAAAAAGGAAUUACAGUUGUACCUUGCGGUUACGGAGUCAACCAUCAGUGAUGUCCUGGUACGAGAAGAGGACGACAAGCAACUGCCAAUCUAUUACGUCAGUAAGUCUUUACUUAGCGCCAAAAUGAGGAUGUCCAAAUGGGCCAUACAGUUAGGGUGUUUCGACAUCAGGUACGAACCUCACACAACCAUCAAAUCACAAGCCCUAACAGAUUUUGUGGCUGACUUCAACCCAAGUAUCCAACACGAAGUUGACAGAGAAGUCAACAUAUUGUCAGAUACCGGGACUUCGUUGACAUGGACCAUAUACACUGACGGCUCCUCCAACACCCGGGGGACAGUAUUAGGAAUUGUACUAAAGUCGCCACAAUGGGGCAUAUUCCUUUGGGAUUGUGUUGCGCAUGCCGACCAUGAUCUUAGCCUUGUCUUUGGAGGAGAAGUGGCUAGAAGAAGGGAUAUGCUCAAGUUCAGCGUCUAG